GCAUACAUGAUUGCACGUGAGGUCUAACUGAGCAUGGGAGCGUUUCACGCCAUUGUCAUGGGAUUAAUAUCAGCAUACAGCUAGCUCGAUCACAUCGGGCAACAAACACAUUUAUGAUCCUCACCAGCACACUGGCUAGCUUCACAUCUCGAUCUCUUCAUAUAUAGUGCUAGAUAGUUAUAUAUAUCUAUGUAUACAUGUACUACGAAUCAUAGAGCUAUGAGCUCAUCUUGAUAGUAAUUGGUGCUUGUGCGGGCUUGUAAGAGUGUGUGGUCAAGAUGGCGAAGGGGUUCAUGGCGGUGAGCAGCAUGGUGGUGGUGGCACUGCUGGUGUUCUCCAUCGGCGUCGGCAUUGCGGCGGCUCAGGCGGCGGGGUUGAAGAAGGGGUUCUACAAGAAGAGCUGCCCGCAGGCGGAGGCGAUUGCGCAGAAGGUGGUGUGGGGGCGCGUCGCUGGCAACCGUGAGUUGGCCGCAAAGUUCCUCCGCAUGUUCUUCCACGACUGCUUCGUCAGGGGCUGUGAUGGGUCGGUGCUGCUGGACUCUCCGACCAACACGGCGGAGAAGAACGCGGUGCCAAACCUGUCGCUGGCCGGGUUCGAGGUGAUCGACGAGGUGAAGGCGGCGCUGGAGCAGGCGUGCCCUGGGAUCGUCUCCUGCGCCGACAUCGUCGCGCUCGCCGCAAGGGACUCGGUCUCGUUCCAGUACAAGAAGAAUCUGUGGGAGGUGGAGACGGGUCGUCGCGACGGCACGGUGUCCAGCGACCAGGAGGCGCUGGACAACAUCCCGGCGCCGAGCUCUGCCUUCGACAUCCUCCUCUCCAACUUCUCCAGCAAGGGCCUCGGCCUCCAGGACCUCGUUGUACUCUCAGGCGGGCACACGAUCGGCGUAGGGCAUUGCAACCUGUUCAGCUCGAGGCUCUUCAACUUCACCGGCAAGGACAACCCCAGCGACGUCGACCCCUCCCUCAACCCAUCCUACGCAAAAUUCCUCCAGGGUCAGUGCCGGCGUAACCUGCAGGACCUGAACGACAACACGACGGUGGUGCCCAUGGACCCCGGCAGCAGCCUCUCCUUCGACAACCACUAUUUCUUCAACCUCAAGGCGCGCCAGGGCAUGUUCACCUCCGACGCCACGCUGCUCACCAACGCCCGCGCCGCCAACAUCGUCGACAAGCUGCAGGACCCCGGCGUCUUCUUCGACACCUUCAAGAACUCCAUCAAGCGCAUGGGACAGAUCGGCGUCCUCACCGGCGCCAACGGACAGAUCAGGAACAAAUGCAACGCCGUCAACUCCUAGACCUGGCACAUGUACCCUCACAUAUAUAUAGUCCCGUUUAUACAUAUAUACAUACAUAGCCAGUUCUAUUCUGAUAAUUCAUAUACGUACGCCGUUGCAUUGAUAUCUCGUGCAAAUGCAGUAUGUACAGUAAGAGUUAUCUGAAUUCCCUUUCAAGAUGAUCAGGGGAGAAAUAUCAAGUGUACUAAUAUCGUAUGAUAUACACAAUGGCAAAAUAUCAAAUGCAGGAAAUGACAUGAA